AUGGCAGAAGAAAUCAAUACCGGCGCCCAGCAACACAAGGACCGCAAAGGCAACUACGCGAAUUCGGAUGAAAUGGCCGAUAACACCAUCUUUGGCGAAGUGACCGAUUCGCAGCGCAUCAAGCAGAUCGCAGCUGCUGGAGAUGCUCAUUUUCACCGCCUUGGAUGGAAACGUCUCGCGGUCGUCACUAUCGUCGAAGCGAUCGCUCUCGGUGCGCUCAGCUUGCCUCAAGCAUAUGCAACGCUCGGCAUGUUUCCCGGAGUCUUCCUCACAAUCACUCUCGGCUGCGUUUCAAUUUUUACCAGUUACCUCGUCGGCCAGGUCAAGCUGAAGUACCCUGAAGUGGCGUCAUACGCGGACGCAGGACGGCUUUUACUCGGUCGUGUUGGCUAUGAAAUCUUUGGUGCUGCGCUUGUCCUAGAAUUGGUCAUGGUCGUCGGUUCGCACGCACUGACCGGAAGCAUCGCAUUGAUCGAUCUCAACGGUGGACACGUCUGCUCAAUCGUCUUCUCCGCGAUCUCCGCCAUCAUACUACUGAUCCUCGCCAUUCCACCAUCUUUCUCGGAAGUGGCAAUCCUGGGUUAUAUCGAUUUCGCAUCCAUUGUCAUCGCUAUCGGCAUCACGAUCAUAGCAACGGGUAUUCAAGCUAGCGAUUCUGCUGGCGGCAUGUCCUCUGUUGACUGGUCGGCCUGGCCCAAGGAGGAUUUGUCAUUUUCAGAAGCAUUUGUUGCUGUCAGCAAUAUCAUCUUCGCAUUCAGCUUCGCGAUUGGUCAAUUCUCCUUCAUGGAUGAGAUGCACACUCCGGAGGAAUACAUGAAAAGUAUCUGGGCAUCUGGUACGAUCCAGAUCACCAUCUACACCUUGACCGGUGCCCUGUGCUACGCCUUCAUCGGAAAAGAUGUGCAGUCUCCUGCUCUGCUUUCUGCUGGCCCGCUUAUCUCCAAAAUCGCCUUUGGCUUUGCUUUGCCCGUCAUCUUCAUCUCGGGAUCUAUUAAUACCACUGUCGCACUUCGGUACAUCCACAGUCGCAUGUUCAAGAACUCCGUCCUGCGCUAUAUCAACACUUUCGCUGGAUGGACCUCCUGGAUCGUUCUUGUUAUCAUCUUCACCAUCAUCGCAUGGGUUAUUGCCGAAGCCAUUCCCAUUUUUUCUGAUCUACUGUCCCUUGCGUCUGCGCUCUUUGUGUCAGGAUUCUCGUUCUGGAUCCCGGCUGUCAUGUGGUUCUGCCUACUGAAGCAGGGCAGCUGGUACGCCAAGGAGAAUCUGGCCACGAGUGCAGCAUGCCUGUUGGCGUUUGUGAUUGGUAUUGUCACGCUCGGCGCGGGAAGUUAUGCGACCAUUGCGGAUAUCAUCAAUCUUACGAGCACGGGAACCGCACAUAGCCCAUUCACUUGCCGCUCAAGCUAG